AUGAUAUUGGGAGAGCAUUUAAUGAGCUGGUCAAAAACUGGCAUUAUUGCAUAUAGUGAUUCGCAAUCGCCAAAUGCCAAUAUUUGCUUAACAUUUUUGGAAUCCAUUAAUGGGAUAAAUUGGCGAUUUCAUACGCCACAAAAAUAUGUCCUACAUCCACAAUUGCACGAAGUCCAAUACCCUGAAAAUAGCAGUACUUCAAGUAGUCACUCGACAGCAACUUCUGUGAACGGAUCAACUGCAGCUGGCAUAGGCAGUACUCCGAAUUUUGGAAGCAGCAUUAAGUCUGCUCCACAGUUUUUCUAUAAUAUAUCGUCGAUUCAUUGGAACAACUGGUUUAGUUUGCCAGGGGAUAUGUUAGCUGUAUGUGAUGAAUUGGGUAACAUGACUAUGUUAAUUACAGGGCAACGCCCUGAUCGUGCCACGACAUAUGAAAAAUUAACAAUGGUAUUCCAGGAUAAUGUUUAUAAAAUCUAUAAUCAUGUCAUGCCCUUGAAACCCGUUGACAAGCUAAAGCCAAUGAAUAUCGAAAGAAAGCAAACAAGGAAGGAAUACAAUACAUCCAUUCUUGAGUUUCACUGGCUCACGUCCUCAAAAUCGGUAAUCGUUUCUCAAUUUUGUGCAUUUGAUAGUAGUUCCAACACGUACAGAAGUAGAGCUCAGCAAGUACCUCCAUAUGGUGUUUUCCACCCACCAUUUAUAAAAUAUGCAUGUUUGGCAAUUAGGAAGAACGGUCAAAUUGAUUUUUGGUAUCAAUUUUCAAACUCAAAAGACCACAAAAAAAUAACUUUACAACUGCUAAACACAUUAAAUCAAAGGUUCAAGGAUCUUCAGUGGCUAGAAUUUGCUAAAAUUACGCCUAUGAAUGAUGAUCAAUGUAUGCUAAUAACGACAUACUCAAUACUGUCCAAAAAGAUAUCAUUUUACAAGCUACAUGUCAAUUGGAACCUUAACACUGCCAAGCCAAACAUCCUGAACGAUCCAUCUUUGAAAAUACAAUACAUACUGAGUACAACCCUAGACCCAACGGACGAUGAAGGCCACGCGUUGAAGUUGGCGAACCUGCAUGUUGUAUCGAAGUCUUCCAUUGAAAAAGAUCCUUCUCCGGAAAUUCUGAUUUUGUAUAAUGUUUGCGAUACGUCGAAAUCAUUGGUGAAAAGAUAUAGAUUAACUAAAACACAACUUUCGGCCGAAUAUUUGGUAAUAUUAAAACCAGAUUUGAACAUCGAUCGAAGUAACCCAAAAAACCAAAUCUUUCAGUCACGUCGUUAUAACCUUCGUCACCAUACUGAUAUUGUCCUUGACAAAAAGGUCACUUUGAUAACUUCCGAGAUGUUCGAUGGAUUUGUUUCAUUUUAUUUUGAAGAUGGUACCAUCCAAUCCUAUAACCAGAAUGAUUGGAAAUUGGAAACUGAACGGCUCAUAAGUCAAAGUCAAUUGGGAAAAUUUAAAAAUAUUAUUGCGUCUCCAUUAAGUGCUGGAUUCAAUUAUGGGAAACUUCCCUUACCAUCAUCACUAGAGUGGAUGCAAGUUUCACCAUCUAUGUGUGGGGUUAUCGUUAAACAGUGCAACAAAAAAUGGCCACAGUUUUAUGCUGCGGCUCAAAGCAACUACACAGACUCUGAAAAGGAUUCUAUAAACGCGACAGCUUUGGCAUUUGGAUACGUCAAAAGUUUACACCAGCAAAUAUCUGCUGAAGAUUUAACGAUUGCCGCGAAAACGCAUAUACUCAAGAUUUCGUCUUUUGAUAAGAAAAGGGCCAAAGAAUUCAUUACAACUUUAUUGAGAAGCUUAUAUGCUUUUUUUAACAUCUCUCCCGACGCACCUAAGGAAGUUAUGGAUAAAAUUAUUACAAGUAGACCGCUACAAAAAAUCAUGUUAUUACAGCUGGAACUCGGGAGCUGCUUUGAACAUGAAAAUAUUGAAGAAAUGGCAAGAGUUAUCCUAUAUUUGAAAAAUGUUCUAUUCGCAUUUAAUGGUGUAGCGAGGAAUUUUCAUUUUGCCAUUGAGCAAAUAAGCAAUAAUUCCAACCAACAACAAAACCCAAAGUUAUUUCAAACUAUAUUUUCGAAACAGGAUCUCAUUCAUUCGUUAAUUCCCGUUGCAAAAUGGUUUGUUAAAUUCGUUACUUAUUUGAUCCAAGAAAUUCUAAUCUUGAUUAAUGAUCCCACAAAUAAGGAAUAUACAUUAGUUCAUGGAAUAUUUGGGGCAAAAAUGUCGAGGACUUUAAUAUUAUCCAUCCUCAAUGAAAUCAAAAAAGUCACUCAAAUAGUCGCGAAAUUUCCAGAAACUUCAUACCCAAUUUUGAACGAAUCGUCUACUUUCUUAAAACUUGUUCUAUCUGAAUCGCCAGUGGACUUCGAAAAAUUUGAAACAUUUUUAGUUGAUGUAAAUAACAAAUUUAUUGCAUUGUGUGAACAGCAGCCAUCGCAGGAAAGAGAGUUUUCGUUGUUGGUCAAGGCUGAGAUUCCCCUUGAGUAUGCCAAAGUGGGAGAUUUUCUUUUGCAAUAUGCGAACAAUGCAGUUAUUUCACAUGCGAAUGCGGCUGCGGUAUAUUUUGCAGACACUAGUGGCCUAAAGAUAUCCAAUACAGAGUUUUUCAACUCUAAAAUAUUUCAUCUAUUGCAACCACUGGAAAAGGGAUUGAUCGUUGAUGUUGAUCAAUUACCCAAAGACUGUAGAACUUCUAAAUCUUUUAGUAAGUUAUUGUACGAUGAUGUAACCUGUGAUAAGUUGAGCAAGUCUGAAAUAUCUGAUGGAAAGCUUAAGAGAUGUAGUAGGUGCGGUUCCGUCACGAGAGCAGGCAAUACAAUAUCGAGCGGCAAGACGAUUGUACCAACGAGCAUUCAAACCAAGAGGUGGCCCACUAUGUACACAAGGCUAUGCAUAUGUUCAGGUAUGCUGUUUGAGAUGGAGAACUGA